AUGGAACUGGUCCUGUGGCACGACGGCCUUGGCAGCGACGACGACGCAGCGACGGACGAAGAGUCAGCGGCGCGUGUCUUGUACUUCUUCCCGCCACGGGCCGUCGCUGACCAGCUCAACGUGCUCCAGCUGCUCCAGGGCGCCCAUGCUUUCGCGUCCAGCUUUGGCGCGACCUCGGCCGCCGACGCGACGCAUGUCCAGCUCACGACCAUGCGCUACUGCUAUCGCCGCUGUGAGUCGCACGUGUGGAUUGCUCUCGGCGUACAGACGCGCGACGACGACGCGGCCGCAUGCAGCGAAGCGGCGAUGGAAGCUGCGGUCGACCAGCUCUACGCGACGUUUCGGCUCUUCUACGGCAGCAUUGAAGCGCGCCUCGCCACGAAUCGCGCGGGCACGUCGGGCAUGGCCGUUCUCGAGCAAAUUGGUGCGUCGCGCAAGCUGCUUCGCAAAGCCUCUUCGCGGGCGCUGCAGGUGCGGGACGACGCCGACACGAGCGCACUCGAGGCAGCGCACGAGAGGGUCGAGAGCCUCCGCGUCUCGCUCGCGCAGCUUGAAGACGCCUCUCCGAUCCACGCGUUUCGUCGCGUGUGCGCCGACUUUUUCCCUGUCUUUGCCCAGGCGCUCGGACUCGACGAACAAGUGACGUGCUUUAGCGACCUCCACGGGUUGGUGUACUACCCAGAAAGCAAGCACCUCCAGCUAUGCUUUCAGUUGCUUCUUCAGAGUCUCUCGACCGAGCUUCCCGCGAUCGUGUCGGCGGCCGCGUUCGUCCACGGACAAGUUGUCUGGACGCAGCUGCCUUUCGAGCAGCUGGCCUUGCUCUACACUGUACUCCGGCUCCGCGAGCAAGAGGGCUAUGUGCGUGCGCACCCUGCGUCGCCGACGUCGCUGUGGAUGGACCAGACAUACUCUGCUGCUUACUCCCCCGUGUGGGCCACCAAGCAAGCCUACACCGAGAUGAACGGAAGCCCAAGUCCGCUGCUUAAGCGCCGACCAAGUGCGCGCGAGUACUUGGCCGAAGUCACCAACUCGUUCAAGAACCCGAGCCCACACGCCGUCAACCACGGUUUACAGUGCGUCGACGGGACGUUUGCUCUGCUUGGAGCCAAGGACAUUUGGGCGCCGGCCAUUUCGCUGCUCGUGAACAGACAGCAAUGCCACCUUCUUGUGUGGCAGGAGCUGCUUGUUACGUUGGUCUUUGUCGUGGAAGCGAACGACGCGGUCGCACUCUCACGCGUCUGUGGCGCGCUACAGGACGUUCUCGACGGACAUGUGCAUGUGCGAGAGGCUUCGCGGCGCACAGUGUCGCCGCCAACAGCGUCAUCGUCGUCGGUCUGGUCGUUCAUUCACGUAAACCGCAUGACGCUGGGCGUGCAGCUCCACAACCUCGCCAAGUUGCGCAGUAAGUCCCGGGAUGGUGCUGGUAUGCCGCUGCGACUUCAGGCAGCCAGUGUACCUCGGCCACUCCUCGACGUUCUCAACCACGCCCACGCCGCGAUGGCCGCGGAUACGGCGCUGCUGGAUGUAUGCGUUCGGACGCCGGGCGACGGCUGGGUCGUCGCCCGGCGAUCGGGAACGGUCGGUCGCGAGCUCUACGCAUUCUUUGAUGCGAGCGUCGAGACGCUUGGCGACUUGAGCAAGAGCAUGACCGAGCUCAUCCUGCACGACUUUGAGAGCACUUUUAUGUAACGUUAGUCUAUCUUUCUACAUGUCGAC